AUGGCUCCCAUCGACGAAGUAAAGAAAUAUGACUACAUCGUCAUUGGCGGUGGCAGCGGAGGAAGCGGUGCUGCCAGGAGGGCAUCGGGUUGGUACAAGGCCAAAACGCUCAUUAUCGAGAAUGGACGGUCUGGUGGUUGCUGCGUUAAUGUCGGCUGCGUCCCCAAAAAGAUGACCUGGAAUUUCUCCUCCAUCGCCGAAACACUCCGCGAUGGCGUCCACUAUGGCUACGACAUCCCCCACAACCUGACCUUCGAUUUCUCUGUCUUCAAACGCAAGCGUGACGCCGUCAUCGAGCGCCUCAAUGGCAUCUACGAGCGCAACUGGAACCGCGAGGGCAUCGACCUCAUCCACGGCACCGCCCGCUUCACUGGCCAGAAGGAGGUUGAGGUCCAGUUGCAGGACGGCAGUGGGAGAAAAGUCCGCUACACGGCUCCGCACAUCGUGAUUGCGACGGGCAGUUACGCUCUUUUCCCCGAUGAUGUCCCCGGUGCACACCAUGGCAUUACCAGUGACGGGUUCUUUGAUCUCGAGGUCCUUCCGCCCAAGAUCGCUGUGGUUGGCGCGGGCUAUAUCGCUGUCGAGCUGGCUGGUGUACUCCAGUCCAUUGGCGUUGAGACGCACAUGUUUAUCCGUGGAGAUACACUGCUGCGCAGAUUCGACCCAAUGAUUCAGGCCACCAUAACCAAGCGGUAUGAGGAUAUGGGCGUUACAAUCCACAGGGGGUUCAAUGGCUUUAAACAGGUGGAAUUGAUUAGUGAUGGCAAGGGGUCGGAUAGGAAAUUGAAAAUGACCCAUGUUAAUGGUGAGGUGUUCGAGGCUAAUGAAUUGCUGUGGGCUAUUGGGAGAGCCCCUGCUGUGAAAGACUUGGGCCUCGAGGGAAUUGGCGUCCAGCUUAAGAAAUCUGGUCAUAUUGUUGUUGAUGAGUUUCAGAACACCUCUGUCGGAGGUAUUUAUGCCCUAGGUGACGUGACGGGGCAAGCGGAGUUGACUCCUGUCGCCAUUGCCGCCGGUCGGCAUCUCGGAAACCGCCUCUUCGGGCCCCCAGAGCUCAAAUCAUCUAAGCUCUCCUACGGCAGCAUCCCCACCGUUGUCUUCUCGCAUCCCGAAGUUGGUGCAACGGGCCUCACAGAGCCUCAGGCCAUCGAAAAGUACGGCAAGGAGAAUAUCAAGGUCUACCAUACGAAAUUCACCGCGAUGUUCUACGAUGUCAUGCCCGCGGAGGAGAAGCAGAAGAACCCGACGGAGAUGAAAAUUGUCUGCGCAGGGCCCGAUGAAAAGGUUGUUGGAUUGCAUAUUUUGGGUCUCGGCGUGGGUGAGAUGUUGCAGGGAUUUGGGGUUGCGAUCAAGAUGGGGGCGACGAAGAAGGAUUUCGACUCUUGCGUUGCUAUUCAUCCGACUAGCGCAGAGGAGCUGGUUACGAUGAGAUAG